AUGCUCGGCCUCAUUUCCAAAUACACCCUGGUCAGCAUCGUCUACCUUGGCGCCUUCAGCCGCUUCACCCACGGCCGCUACACGCCCUCCUUCUACCGCUACCAACUCGACCGCGCCCCCAACGACGCCUCAACACGUAUCAUCCCCGUCUUUGACACGAUAUUCGCUACUUUGGUGCUCUUUCCCGCAACAAGGGCCUGGACGGCGAUGGUGUGUGGCUUGAUUCAGGGUGGUGCGAUUGUGCCGCGGGUCAGGCAGGGGAAGUCUGUGGCAGGGGAUGUAGGGCUGUUCCUGACCACGGUUGUGGUGGCGUGGACUUCGUGGUAUGGUGUUCCUUAG